GUUAAAGAGCAAUGCAAUUUGAUUUUAAGGGAUCGACAUCGCACGUCUGGAUAACUGUACUCUGGUGUGCGUUCGGUGCAUUUAUUUUAGGUGCCAUAGCUGUCAUAUCGUAUUGGAUACGAAAAUGCAGGAUACAACGGGGCAACCACCACACAACAACAACAAUAAUAAUUCACAGCACCAAAAACAAAAAGACCAAAGUCAUCUUCAACAACAACAAUCACCUCCUCCUCCAACAUCCCAACAACAACAACAACAGCAACGUUCCGUGUCGAUUUUCGUCUAUAAAACGCUUAACACGGUUUUCAAGAGUAGUCGAAAGAUCAUUUUCCGCGUUUGUGAAGUUGCAAGUGCCAAAAAGUCCCUUAAAAUGUUUAAUUUAUAUUCUUCGAUGAAAAAUCGCGGUGAAGGUAACGGGCCUACCACAGGACACGAUCGAUUUUGUCAAACCCGUCUAACGAACAGAACAAAGAGACGUAAAAAUUCAAAAAACGUUCGUCGAACCAAUUCAGCCAACGAAAUCGAUCACACCGUCCUGACAGCGGCUGCCCGGCGUCAACUGUUUAGUAGUCAUCGAUCGGCCAGUUCAGAUCUAGAAAACUCAGAUCAUUCGGAACAUUCGGAAAAAUCGCCACUAGUCAGUGUCAGGCUAGAUAGUUUGGCUAAGAUAUUUUUCAACAAAUCAACAACGCCAUCAACAAACGGCACUACUAAUCGGGACUCGAUUGACUCAACAACGACAAGACCAAAUGUAAAAUACCAAUAUACAGCUUUAGAUAGCGGUAAUGGAAUACAGGAACGUAGCCCGCGAGAGAGAGCUGCCCGUGACCGUGCAUUGAGUGCCUGCCAAGAAUGGAUACAAAAUACAAAUGGUCGUUACGAUAUUAUUGCCCAUCUUGAUGAAAUCGGAUCACGACACAAUAAAAAUUGGUUUUUAAUAAAUGACACUACGGUACGAACUGAUCGUUUAAUGACAUUACUUCCGUUACCUCCAGACUGUAUUGCCUUAGAAGAACUGCCGCCAAGCGAAACACCUAAAGGAUUAUUUAUGGAACUUUUAGGAUCCUUACAUCAUCCAUACAUCUAUCCAGUUUUAGAUUUAGGAUUUUUACAUGCCGAUUCAAUUAAUUAUGCUUGUCUUGUAAUGCCCUUUAAUCCACGCGGAAGCCUUAAAGAUUUAAUUUAUAAAGCUCAAUGGAAUGAACCAUGGAAUCGUAAAUAUACGCGGAAACCAACAUGCCUCCCAAUUUCACAAGUACAACGAUUAGGUAGACAAAUUCUGGAAGCUUUACUAUUUUUACGUGAACGAGGAUUCGCAUUGCAUGGUCAUCUCCACAGCGGCAAUGUUAUCUUACAAAAUGGGGUGGCAAGGCUUUCCGGCUUGGAAAAUGGUUUAUUAGGUUUAAGUUCGCGAGUUAAUGCCGUUAUGUGGUCGCGCUCAAUUAGUGAUAUAGAUAAUAUCGAUAUAAUUUGCUUCGGACAUUUAUUGUAUGAAAUGUGCGUUGGAAGCGAACUGAAUACACCACAACCGUCCACAGCAUUUCUCGAAAUGGAGCUAGAUCGAUAUCCGCAGAUUUUAGAAGUCUUACAACUAAUAUUCGAACCACAAAACGGAAGCAAUGUUACCGUUGAAGAUCUAGUCCUUUGUGAUUUAUUUCGUAACAUCGAUUUGCGAGAACUCCGUGGUCCUUGCGUUAGUACAAUCAAACCCAGCUUAAGUAAAUCGACCUUAAAUCUUCUCCAAGCCGUCAAGAAGCGUCAAAGUGCAUCGUUGGGCGAAUCCUUCAGUGAAGCCAGUUCACCAUGUACGCCACCAUCCACCCCACGUGACCGGCGAACAGGGUUAGUUCGUACUAGUAAAAAACUGUCAUUUUUUUCAAAAUUUUAAAUGCAAGAACCUAACUAGGAGUAAACCCUAAAAUUAACAAAAAAAGGAUUUCAUUUUGAAAAGGAAAUGGUGUUGUGGUGUUCAUGUUGUGUCCGAACAAAAUGAAAAAAAAAAUUGAGUUUGAACGUUUUUUCCCUGUGUUUUCUAGUGUUCGUUAUCCUGUCCCUUACUUUGCGUUCUAAUCCUUGUCCUGUCAAAAGAAUAAAAUUUAAUUUUUUUAAUAAAGUUUUGAUAUUGCAUAAUUCCUCCCAGAAUUAUUUUAAUUAUCGUAAAUGAUAAUUUAUUUUUUGUAUAUUGUUUUUUGCAUGCAAGCAUUUUUUGUAAGAAUAUGUAUGUAUGUAUAUUCUAUCGGAGUAUUUCAAAGGAAACUAAUUAUAAAAUUGUUGAUGACAGUUUUCUCGCUGCAUCCUCUGAAAAGUUUGAUUAUCGUUUAGUCUAAGAAUUUGUUAGAACUAAGUAUUGCCUAUAAUGAACGUUAAAAACUUGUAUGGACGUUAUUUUUUCAUUGGAGGUAAGAUUUCUUUCGAUAUUUCAAUUAAACAUUUCUUUUGUUGCUUGUGCUUUUUAAAUAUUGUGUUUUGAAUCGAUGUUUGUUGUAGAUUGAGAAUGUUUGAAACAUGUAUGUCGCUUUUACUAAAUGCAUGUUUAGGUGAGAGUAAUAUGCAUAAAAAAGCUUAGAUUGCUUCCAAUUUUAAGGACAAAAUUAUUGAACUGCAAGAAAAUCGCUCUAAUUCUUUUAACACUUCAAACAAUCAUGUAAAAUCAAUUAAUUUCCAAAGCACUAGAAGAUAGAUUAAAUAAAUAUGAUUUGACUACAAUAUGAACAAAAAACAUCCCCUUUACAAUUUUCUAUUUAUUUCAAAGAGAUUUUAUUUAAAAAAAUAAAAUAAAAAUAAUCCAA